UAACCGCAGCGGCCGCUGUACUCCGGGAGCUGAUCCAGGAGUUGGGGGGGGGACUGUCGUCGGUAACCGGAUACCUCCUCUGUCUUGUGGGGCGUAGAGACACGGGGGCGACGCAGUAUCGAGGCGGCGAGCCCGCAGUUCCGUGCGGAGAUGCUGAAUAUGUGGAAAGUCAGAGAGCUGGUGGACAAAGCCACCAAUGUGGUGAUGAACUACUCAGAGAUCGAGUCCAAGGUGAGAGAGGCCACCAAUGACGACCCCUGGGGACCCUCCGGACAACUGAUGGGAGAAAUAGCCAAAUCUACUUUUAUGUAUGAGCAGUUUCCAGAGGUGAUGAACAUGCUGUGGACCAGGAUGCUGAAGGACAACAAGAAGAACUGGAGACGAGUCUACAAGGCUUUACUGCUGCUGGCCUAUUUGAUUAGGAAUGGGUCUGAAAGAGUCGUCACCAGUGCCAGAGAACAUAUCUACGACCUGCGAUCUCUAGAAAACUACCACUUCAUUGAUGAGAAUGGUAAGGAUCAGGGCAUCAAUGUGCGUCAGAAGGUGAAGGAGAUGGUGGAGUUCAUCCAGGACGAUGACAGACUAAGAGAGGAGAGGAAGAAAGCAAAGAAGAACAAAGACAAGUACAUUGGAGUCUCCUCUGAUAGUAUGGGAGGAGUAGGAGGAGGAGGAGGUGGAGGAGGAGGAGGAGGAAGCAUUAAGAACUCUAAUGAGUUGGAUCGGAGUAAGUGGGAUGAGGACUGGGAUAAGAGCAGAGGAGCUUUCCCUUUCAGCGAGAAGCUCGGAGAGAUCAGUGACAAGAUAGGCAGCACCAUAGAUGACACACUCAACAAGUUCAGAAAGAAAGAACGAGACGACUCACCCGACAGAAUCAGUGACAACGAGGAGGACCGAGCAUCGAGGAACGGUAGGCAGGAAACCCUUGAGUUCAAAGACGAGGAAGAAACUGUCACAACGAAAAGCAUCCAGAUCACGCAAGCAACAGAAACUACGACCACCACCACGCGGAAACGCAGCGGAGCAACAAGCAGCAAGACUCUGGACCUGGGCGCUGCAGCCCACUACACUGGAGACAAGAGCCCAGAGGAGAAGUCAACAGUCAGGCAGUCCUCCAGUAGCGGUCUAGCUGACCUGCUAGUCAUUGACCCUUUAUCAAAUCAGAGCACUGCAACAGGUGGCAGUUCAGACCUCAUUGGUGGCUUUGCUGAUUUCUCCUCUCCUGCAGCCUCUGCCAGCCUCCCAGCCUCCACUGCUGCUGCAUCAUCCAAUGGAAAUGGAGAAUUUGGAGACUGGAACGCUUUCUCGGCCAAUCCACCGGCUUCUUCUAGCUCUGGUCCCUCCCAGUCCGUCACGGACCUUUUUGGCAGUGUCCAGUCUCCCACAGCCCCAGCCUCUAAUCCUGCCUCCGCCCCACCUUCUGCCGAGCUCUUUGACCUGAUGGGUGGAGUUAAUCAUCAGCUAACCAGUCCACAUACAACACUGAGUGCCUCUCAGAGCAUGACUUUCUCUCUGGGAGGGGUGACUCCAGGAGCAUCAGUUGGUAUGCCAACCAUGCCCCUCUCUCGCUCUCAACAGAGCUUGGGAGGCAUGACAUCUCAGCAGCCCAUAGGACAACAGCAGAAGGUCGGUGUUGGAGGUCCAGGGUCGUUAGGGUCGACCUGGUCUGACCCCUCCGUCAACAUCAGCCUGGACUUCCUAUCAGCAGGCCUCAACCCCGCUAAGACACCGCCCACACUUAACAAUAUCAUCCAGCAACAAGGAGUGCCUCCCAACCUGCUGGCCCAGAACUUCGGCGGACUGAACCUCAGCUCCCCGCCCCACGUGACACCCAUUAGACCACCAGCCAACGCCAUGACGAUGGGCAUGCCUGCAUCUAUGGCAACUGGCAUGCCUGCCUCCUUGGCAUCGAGUAUGCCCCCUUCAAUGACCACGGGUACCAUGGGGAUGGGGGGAAUUCCUGUAAACCAAGGCAUGAUGGGAAUGAACAUGAGCAUGAAUAUGGGCAUGGCCGCUCCAGUGAUGAUGGGCAGUAUGGCCGGCAUGGGAGUGCCAGGAGUAGGGAUGGGCCUAGCGCACUCCAUCACCCCAGCCAUGGUCCCACCCAAACAGGAUGCCUUUGCUAACUUUGGCAGUUUUGGGAAAUGAAGGAGUGCAAAUGAGUGUGAGUGAGUGUGCAUGUCUGACGUGAUGAGAGUGUGAACCACAGAAGGACUGCUGUACUUGAAGACAACCUUGCAUGUUUCUCUCUCUGCUUCCUCUGUCUUUGGCAAGUUGGCACCAGUGAUUGUUCACCAUCCCAGAUCUCGCGGGAGGUUGGAGAGAGCGCCCACUGGUGCCCCUUACCCAGUGAUCAUUUUACAUGUGAAAUUAUGUCACACAGAUGACUCCCGAAGAGCAGGGAAGGUGUCCACCCACAGCCUCUAGUCAUUACGUUCCUGUGAGGAAA